GGUUUCACCGUGUUAGCCAGGAUGGUCUCAAUCUCCUGACCUGGUGAUCUGCCCACCUCAGCCUCCCAAAGUGCUGGGAUUACAGGCGUGAGCCACCGCACCCAGCCUCCAUCUGUAUCUUAAAGCUCCUAGGCCUGGCUCAGUGGCUCAAGCCUGUAAUCCCAGUGCUUUGGAAGGCCGAGGGGAAAGAAUCAUUUGAGCCCAGGAGUUCGAGAAAGACCCCAUCUCUACAAAACACAAAAAAAUUAGCCUGGCAUGGUGGCAUGUGCCUGUAGUCUCAGCUCCUUGGGAGGCUGAGGCAGGAGGAUUGCUUGAGCCCGGGAAUUGGAGAUUGCAGUGAGCUAUGAUCAUACCACUGCACUCUAGCCUGGGUAACAGAGACCCUGUCUCUUAAAGAAAAUAGUAAGACUGGGCGCAGUGGCUCACUCUUGUAACCCUAGCACUUUGGGAGGCCAAGACGGGAGGAUCACUUGAGUCCAGGAGUUCGAGACCAGCCUCAGCAAAAUGACAAAACCCUGUUUCUACUAAAAAUACAAAAAACUAGCCGGGUGUGAAUGGUGUGCACUUGUACUCCCAGUUGCUUGGGAGGCUGAGGAAGGAGGAUGACCUGGGCCCGAGAAGUUGAGGCUACAGUAAGCCGAGAUCAUGCCAUUGCACUCCAGCUUGGGUGAUGGGAGUGAGACCCUGCCUCUAAAUAAAUAAAUAAAAAUAAUAAAAUAAUAAAACUUAAAAAGCUCCCAUAAGAAGGAGUUCGAGAAAAUUGAAGGCUUUGGAGUGUUUGUUGGGUCCCUGAUUUAUUUAUGAAGCAACAAUAUUCUGCCAGGACUGAGGAUACAGCCACGAACAGGAUGUGACUCCUGUCCUCAGCAGCUCACAGCUUUGUGGUCCUAAAAGGUAUUGUAGACCCCUAAGAGUUUCAUGGGUUGUCCUGGACAUCUGGGUGCAAAGUAACUCUUGGGCCUCGACCUCCCGAGUAGCUGGGACUACAGGCAUGUCCCACAACACCCGGCUAAUUUUUGUAUUUUUAGUAGAGAGGGGGUUUCACCAUGUUGGCCUGGCUGGUCUGAAACUUCUGACCUCAGGUGAUCUGCCCACCUUAGCCUCCCAAAGUGCUGGGAUUACAGGCGUGAGCCACCAUGCCCGGCCUUUCUUGAUCUCUUUUAAACUUCACCAUGGCCCUGUGAAGUGAAGCAGUGUUUCCAUAUUUUACAGAUGGAGGAAACUGAGGCUUGGUGUUCCACAGCUAGUAAGUGGCAAGGCUGGACUUUUUGCACUUGAGCCCAGUGCAGGAUUCCCACUGAUGGGCUGGAGUUGCUUUGGGGAAGGGAGGGAGGCAGGGAUGUUUCUGAUGGCAACAGCCUGGGCAUGGUGUGUUCUGGGAACAAGGGGAAGGGCAGCAGACUGGCCAGGUCAGAGUGCAGAGUAUGAGUGAGUAGUGUAGCAGCAGCGGGGAUGGAGCAUGGAUGAGAACUUCGGGCUGAUUAGGUUAGAGAAGGAUGAGUGCCUUAGUGCUUUUUUGGGUUUGGGAGAAUCCCGUGUGGACUUUCCCACGUUGACUGUGUAGAUGUUAAGUGACCCUGAGGUAUGUGAGUGACUUCAGGGCAGUGUGAAAUGAAAGUUCUCAGUGGCCGGUUUGAGGCUGGAGCUGGGCAGGCAGGUGUAGAGGGAUUGGGGGUACUUGACUUUGGGCUGGGCAGGAGGGAUAGGUACCUGGCAGGGUUCUAGAUUUGAAGGGCAUGCCCCAUCCCCCCAAGUGUCUGGUUGGGACACGAGUGUCAGUCUCAGCAGAUUUUGUGGGUGCUGUGGUGGUAGGUGUGGCGGCUCUUGCCUUAGCAUCCAAGGCUGGUGCCCAAAUUUUGUUCCUUGGACAUUGGCUGCUCAGUGACCUUAUUCCUAAAUCUAGGGCAGCCCCUGGUUGGACCCAGGAGGCUGGCUUGCAAGAAGCAAGAGAGCCUCGGUGUGGCUGGGCAUGGUGGCUCAUGCCUAUAAUCCCAGCACUUUGGGAGGCCGAGGCGGAUGGAUCAUUUGAGGUCAACAGUUCGAGACCAGCCUAACCAACAUGAUGAAACCCCAUCUCUACUAAAAAUAUAAAAAUUAGCCCGGCGUGGUGGUGGGCGCCUGUAAUCCCAGCUACUUGGGAGGCUGAGGCAUGAGAAUUGCUUGAACUCGGGAGGUAGAAAUUGCAGUGAGCUGAGAUUGUGCGACUGCACUGCAGCCUGGGCAACAGAGCGAGACUUCGUCUCAGCCCCCCACCCCGCCCCUCAUAAUUAGCCGGGCUUGGUGGCUCACGCCUGUAAUCUCAGUUACUUGGGAGGCUGAAGCAUGAAAAUCACUUGAACCCGGGAGGCAGAGAUUGCAGUGAGCCAAGAUUGCGCCACUGCACUCCAGCCUGGGCAAUAGAGAGAGGCUCAGUCAAAAGAAAAAAGAGAACCUCGGUGUCAGUGGACUUGGGUCACCUUUGAUUUUCACCUGGAGGAGUCUGAAGUGGCCAGGGAGAGGAUAGUGGACCUUUACUGUGUGUGUAGGACCUUUACAGAUCUUAACCGUAAAUGCAAAACCCCAGAAAGAGCUAUCAGAAACUUUCAGGCAUUUGCAGAAAAAUCUACUUUAUUCAGUGCAGUACCACCUGGAAAUUUCAAUUAACCAUCCUUCAUCAACAGGAUCCCCUGGUUGGUCAGCCAUCAGAAGCCCUGGUUGGUCAGCAUUCCACUAAUAAGAAUUCCUGGUUAGCCGGCACUCCACCAAUCACAACCCCUGGUUAGCUCCCAUUCCACCAAUCAGAAGCCUUGGUUAGAAUGCAUUCUAUUAAAGGACUCUGUCGGCUGGUUCUUCCAGGGCAAUUUAGGUGAGUUAUAUUUGAGGGUCUUGGUGGCAGAUUCAGGUCCCCACGAGGAACUGUACCUUUGGGGGGAAAUUUGCUUUCUUGGAUUUAAGAAAGUGCUUAACCUAAGUUAAGCACUAGGUUAGCCAGCAGCUGGUUUCUGAGCCAGGAGACUGGGCUGAUGGCUUUGGAGAGGAAGGAAGCAGGACGGAGAAUUGGAGAAGCUGGGCUGGCAGAUUCUGGUGCAGAGGAGGAGGCGACACAGGCCCCUGAUCCCAGCCCCAGCUCCUCCUCCUUGUGAGAACUUCCGGCUGGGGUUUUCGGGACUGGGGUCUGGUGGUCUCCUUUGGUCUCCCAGUUAGUGGGCUGCCUUGCGGGCAAGGGAAGGAAAAGGCUGAGGGUCAGCUCCCAAGAGCAGAGGAGUUGGUGGGACUUGGGCCGGGAGGUGCAGAAGGGUGCAUCUAGCUGCACCCUGCCCUGCCCAGCUGCUGGGUGUGAACUUGGGCAAGUCACCUCACUUGUGGGCUUGUGGUCAGAAGGGCAGGGGUGAUGGCUGAGCUUGCAGUCACAUACCCCCUUCUGGUAAGUGGCCGGCUGUGUGAACUAGCGGUCAGUAGAGGCGCUUCAGUGGGUUGGCGUCUGCAGGUUGCUGUUGUGCCCAGUCUGGCUGCUUGACCUUGGGAUCAUCACCUUCCUUCCCACGACCCUGCAUUGCUUGCUCACGGUAAUCUCGGCCACCCCACUGGGUUUCUGUGAGAAUCAGGCAGGGAAAAAUGUAAACGAGGUCUGUGAAUAAUAAAAAGAGUUACACGAUUACAGCGAUUUCCGAAUGCCUGGUCCUUUUUUUUUUUUUUUUUCUUUGAGACAAGGUCUCACUCUGUUGCCCAGGCUGGAGUACAGUGACAUGAUCACAGCUCACUGCAGCCUCAACCUCCUGGGCUUAUUACAUCCUCCCACCUUAGCCUCCUGAGUUGCUGGAACAAUAGGCACAGUCUACUAUGCCUGUCUGAUUUCUUUAAUUUUUUCUAGUGAUAGGGUCUCACUAUGUUGCCCAGGCUGGUCUUGAACUCUGGGGCUCAAGCGAUCCUCCUGCUUUGGCCUCCCAAAGCGCUAGGAUUAUAGGUGUUAGCCACUGUGCCCAGCCCAGUCGUCUCUUUUACAGGGAUAACUGUCACCUGCCAGUUGGGGCAUCUGGCUCUGUGGGAUGGUCAGAGCUCAUUCUGCCCUAUGGCCUGACACCUGCUCUGGGGUCAGGGUUCACGCCCAGUGCUUGCUGCAGCUGGUCCCUACCCAAACCUCUGUGCCCCCCUCUUUACAUGGGAAUCUUCAGGCCACCUGACUCAGGAAGAUUGUGACAAUUCAGUGAGAAAAUUCUCGCCAAAAACUUAAAAAAAAAAAAAAAGUAUCCCUCUGUUGUGGACCCUCCAGGAGGGCCAGCUUUCAGGUGGUCCAAGGCUGGACUUGGUGCUCCCUCUUCACCCACUGGUCAGCUCUGGCCUUUGGGCAUUGCCAGGAGGGACCCAGGGACUGGGUGGGUGGGGGUCUCUCCCCACAUCUCUCCUGAGGGGGAUGGCUGUGCCUCCAGAUUGCACUUACCUUGUGUUGUGGCUUCCUAUGGACAUCUCUUCCCACCUCUUACCUCCAAAGAUCCCCAGCUUUAAGCCACCCACUGCAGAGCAGUCCUGGUCCCCUUGGUCUGCUGGCCUCUCAGAGAUGGUAUGGUAUGGUCUGAGGCUGUGCCAGGCCUGGGAGCCUGGACUCCGCCCCAAGGCUGGGCCACACAGCCGUGCAGCAGGCCUGCUCCAGUCCCCCUAUCACCUCCACUUCAGGGCAGGGGAACGGGGAGAAGUGAGGGCACUGACAUCCAGCUGACUGACCCUAAAACCAUCCCCUCUCUGCCCUGCACCCUAAAGUCUCUCAUGGAAAGUGGGGGGCCCGGGCCCCUUUUGCAGCGCUGACAUUUCAAGACCCUGUAAGCGACUUGUACCCUGGGUACAGGCCCUGGGCCUUUGGGUCCUGAUGGAGGAGGGGGCUUGGCUUGAUGAGGACGGAAGGAGGCUGAUUUGCAUCCAGACUUCCGGCGUCGGACACCUCUCUAUUGGGAGAGGAAGCUGAGGCUGGAGAAGGGGCAGGGAUGCGUCCAGGGUCCCACAGGGAGCCAAGGCUGGACAGAUGGGCAGGCUGGGUGGGGCCAGGAAGGCCACGGCUGUUUCCAGCUGUUGCAGAUGUGCUCCCUCCUGGGUCCAUGCAAACUCCUUUCCGCCUGCGGGUUGGCGAAGGGGCCAGAGCACACAGCAGGGGAGUUAGACUUGGCAGCCCCUUGACCCCAGACUGCCCUCGUCAAUGGAACAGGAGCUGCUCAGAACCCUUUUCCUGUUCUCCCAGAUUCAGGGGCAUGAGCCCCCUUGGCCCAGUCCUGGAACAGGGCACCCCGGGAGGGCCCCUCAGGAAGAGGCCGGGGCUGCGGCUUCGGGUGGGGCCGGCAGCCUCUGCUGGGAGCCCAGCAUCUGGAAGCCAUCAGGCCAGGGGCGGGGGGAGUUGCAGGGGAGGUCCAGGGAGGGGGACAUGCCUCCUCCAGGCCACACACAGGCCCAACCCUCGGGAGCAUGGCCUUGGGCCCACAACCGCUGCCUCUGCACCCUGGCCGGCAGCCUCGCCCCCUGGGGCACACGCCCCGCCCUCGUCCGAAGCCACGCCCCCAGUCAGCAGCCACGCCCUCUUCCUCCAGGCUGCCUUCUCACCGCACUGGCCACUGCUUCUGCAAGGGUCAGUAGCGCUCCCCACAGCAUGGUGGGAGCCUCGCUUCUCCGGCACAGGCCUUGCCAACAUUCCACUAACCCCCGAGACUCAGCGGGACCAGGAGCGGCGGAUUCGGCGGGAGAUUGCCAACAGCAACGAGCGGAGGCGCAUGCAGAGCAUCAACGCGGGAUUCCAGUCCCUCAAGACCCUCAUCCCCCACACAGACGGAGAGAAGCUCAGCAAGGCAGCCAUUCUCCAGCAGACGGCCGAGUACAUCUUCUCCCUGGAGCAGGAGAAGACCAGGCUCUUGCAGCAGAACACACAGCUCAAGCGCUUCAUCCAGGAGCUGAGCGGCUCGUCCCCCAAGCGACGGCGGGCAGAGGACAAGGACGAAGGCAUAGGCUCCCCGGACAUCUGGGAGGACGAGAAGGCGGAGGACCUGCGGCGGGAGAUGAUUGAGCUGCGGCAGCAGCUGGACAAGGAGCGCUCAGUGCGCAUGAUGCUGGAGGAGCAGGUGCGCUCGCUGGAGGCCCACAUGUACCCGGAAAAGCUCAAGGUGAUCGCGCAGCAGGUGCAGCUGCAGCAGCAGCAGGAACAGGUGAGGCUGCUGCACCAGGAGAAGCUGGAGCGGGAACAGCAGCACCUGCGGACCCAGCUUCUGCCCCCUCCAGCCCCCACCCACCACCCCACGGUGAUCGUGCCAGCACCGCCUCCUCCUCCCUCCCACCACAUCAACGUCGUCACCAUGGGCCCCUCCUCGGUCAUCAACUCUGUUUCCACAUCCCGGCAAAAUCUGGACACCAUUGUGCAGGCAAUCCAGCACAUCGAGGGCACCCAGGAAAAGCAGGAGCUGGAGGAGGAGCAGCGGCGAGCUGUCAUCGUGAAGCCCGUCCGCAGCUGCCCGGAGGCCCCCACCUCUGACACUGCCUCCGACUCUGAGGCCUCAGACAGUGAUGCCAUGGACCAGAGCCGGGAGGAGCCGUCGGGGGACGGGGAGCUUCCCUGACUACCCCCCCAGCCCUCCUCUCCCUUCUGGGGGCUGGAGGGAGCCGGGGCAGCCACAGGGAGAGAUGUGGGUGAAUGAGUGAGAAAUUUUUACAAAAUUACGAUGUCAUUUGGGUCUCUUUUAUGACCUCUUUUUCAAUACUGUAAAUCGACCUUUGAACGAAGCCACUCAACCCGAGGUCCCGGGGCUGGGGUGUCGCAGAGCGUGUGGGAGCAUCGGGACCCCAGGGCUGGGCCUCGGCCCCAGGGGCUGGGGGAAGCUGACACGGAGAUGCCUGGCCUCUCUCUGCCAAAAAGCAUUUUUUCCUUUAAAUAUGUUUUUUAAGAACAGGGAAAAUUAAAACCCCAGGUUAUUUCUUCCCUGCCCAGAGCUAGCCUGGGAUUGUCAGCCUUCAAUCCCCUUUCCCUCCUCUUUUUGGGUUUUCUUCUUUCUCCUUUAAGCACUUACAUGGUUGGGGGUCAGACUAGGCUGGGGCGUUCUGGGGGCCCGGAGGUCUCCGUUGCUUCUCGGUUGGGGUUUGCUGCUGCUGUGCCCCCGUCCCUCUUCCCCAUCUCGGCACUAGAAUUUGCCACUCUCCUACCCCCCAGCCCCCACCUCUGCCUCCAGGUCUCAUCUUCCACCCCAAAAAUGUCUGUCUCUCUCUUUUUGUUUUGUUUGUUGUUGGUUUUUUAUUUUUUUUUUGGUUUGCUUUCUGUUUUUGUUUUGUUUUUCUUUUUCUUUUUUUUCUUUCUUUUUUUUUUUUUUUUUUUAACAAUUUUAAGGUCUUCGUGUUCAAGGAGAAGCUAUUAUAUUUUGUUAAGAAAGUGGGGAGAAAAAAACCAAGAGGCCACUGUGCCUUUGUAAAGAAACAAAAUAAAGUUUGUACUUUGUUUUUUA